GUCCAUGAUCACUCAGCCUCUGUAGCAACAUCUGGAUCCAAAUGUUCAGUGUUGUGUUCUGUAGAGCGUCACAGAGACACGACUCUGUCUUGGUUCAAAGGGACAGCGAUAUUAAACCAGACCAGUGAUUCUCAUGACGCUAAUAAACUCACUCUUCCUCCGGAUGUAAACGUUGAAGAGCACGACGUUUACAGCUGUGUGUCGGCCAAUCCCAUCAGCAAUCACACCGUCACACUGAACAUCACAGAGAUCUAAUCACAGCACGCUGGAAAGCGCGAGUGCUGUGGCUUCAUCGAGUUCCUGAUUCGAUCAGUGUGCUGUGUUCUAGUGCUCGCUGCCAUUUCAGCUCUGCUGGUGCAUCAUUUUAUUACACUCUGAGACAAACACACAGUCUGACACAACAAAGACUAUUUUAGUGUUUCCUUUAAUCCAUUUUUCCAAUCCAGAACUGUUGGAGGAUUUUGCUUAGGCAGGAAGGCAGGAAAUUGUACUAAAGAAAAUGUUAAGAAAGAAAAAUAAAGGCACAAAUAUGUAGCUUUUGCAGGCUUUUCGGCCCGUCUCAUUGUACACAAUACUGAACACUCUGUGAUUCACCAUCUCAGUACAGGCAAAACAUGAAAGUAAUGUUGAUAAACCUGUUUAAACAUUCCUGGAACCUGAUUUUCUGCUAAUGAACAAUGCUAACUGUUGACCAUUUACACAUCAGGGUCCUCACAUGGACGUGAUUUAAAGGACAUCGUCUGAGCUGGAGGCUUUACUGAGCUCUUUACGGUAGGAGAAACUGUUUAAUGAACUUUCUCUUCUCACAGCAAAUCACAUUAUUCACCUUCUUUACACUGUUUAAUGCUUUAUUUAAGUGCACAGGGAUGAAAUGGAAAAUACUGAUAAUAAUAUACAUGUGUAAAACCUGCUGGCUGAAUAGUUUCUUAUUUACUGAGAUUAUUUAGUGUUUUAGUUUACAAUGCUACUUUAGAGAUAAUUAUACACUGGGAAAAACUCCUGAGAUUUUAUGAUCCUGUGAUGGGACAUCAAACUAGUAAAGUUUAAUGUAUAACAUAGUAUAAUGUAUUAUACUAUACUAUGAUCAGUGUGCUGUGUUCUAGUGCUCGCUGCCAUUUCAGCUCUACUGGUGCAUCAUUUUAUAACACUCUGAGACAAACACACAGUCUGACACAACAAAAACUAUUUUAGUGUUCCCUUUGGUCCAUUUUUAUUUUUAAUAUUAAAAAAUACAUUUUAGUCAUAAUCCAGAACUGUUGCAGGAUUUUGCUUAAUCAGGAAAGACAAGAAAUUCUACUAAAGGAAAUGAUAAUAACUACAAGGCAAUGGCAGUGUUUUCCCACACUCUCCUUUUGAUUACAAGAUUAUGUAAUUAUAACAUUUAAAAAUGUUUAAAAUUAUAACAUAUUAGAGCCCCCACUAAAUACACCUGAAAAUAUCUUUAAAAAUGUGUUUGUUCACAGUGUUUGGGUAUUUGUACAGCAAAAACAUACACCAUGUCGCUUAUCUGCUAAUUUUAUUGUUUAUAAAAUCCUUCAGUGACACUGAUGUUCAGGACGACGGGAAAAUGUCUGGCUGACAAACACUUACUAUGGAUUAUGAAAAUGGUGACUAUUUUAUCAGGAAACAGGAUUCUCUGGACUUUUCUCCUCCUGCUGUGCUGUUUACUGUGUGCGGCUGGAGACGAGACGGUCAAACUGCAGGAAGUGGAAGGAACCAAUAUAACUCUCCAUACUGGGAGAACUGGAAUUCAGAGUGAUGCUCAGAUUCUGUGGUUUUAUGGACCUGAGAAAGCAGAGGAAAUUAUAUUGAACAGUCAGGUGUUUAAAGGAGAAACUGUUCCAGAAAUCACUGAGAGAUUUAAAGAGCGACUGCAGCUGGACAGAACCAGUGGAGCUUUAACCAUCAGGAACAUCAGCAGAAAUGAUUCUGGAGUUUAUUUAUUACACGUCAUCGCUGAUGAUCUCACAACGAGGACUUUCAGUGUCAGUGUUUAUGCUCCAGUAUCAACUCCAGUAAUAAGAAAUGAAAGAGGAAAACGAAGUGUGUCUUCCACAGAGCAGUGUUUCCUCCUGUGCACUGUGGAGAAUGGAGAAGAUGUGAAGUUAUCCUGGUACAGAGGGAAUGAGAGACUCAAUAUCACCAAUAACACAGAUCUCAGUGUUCCCCUCAAUCUCCCACUUCAAAUACAACUCCAUGAUAAUAACACUAACACUUAUAUCUGUGUGUCUGCAAACCCUGUCAGCAGUAAAACAACUUCUCUCAACAUCGCACAGCUCUGUGAUCAUAACUCAGGUACGUCAGAGACUCUAAACUAUCAUCACUGUGACUAGAACAGAAUAAUGAAUAUUCAUGUAGGAGUGAGACAGAGGUGACUGAAGAUUAAGAUAUAAAAUAAAUUCAUUAUUGAUGGUCUGUCAGUCUGGUUGUUUAAAGAAAAUUCAGUAGUUUAAAUGCUUAUGUGUGAAAGUCUCAGUGAACACAACAUCAUUCAGUGGAGUCAAUAUCAACAAUACCAUGAAAAAGUACAUCGAGGAUUCAUAUUUACUGACCGCAAUGGAAUAUUAAUCAAGUGGCAGCUUCAUGUUACAGGUUUCUCAUGG